AUGCCGCGGAAUCGAGCACGGGUAUGUCAAACUACCACUGACAAGGAUUCCAAUGACAGUAACAGCUGCUCAAUGGAAGAUUGUCCAGCAGAUUCCGAUAUCGCCAAUAUGUCCUUGAGCCAAAUAAUUAGCGCUAUGAUGGAGCGCAAUGAUGUGAUCAAAGACCCUAUUAUGGGCAAGUACAUCAAUGCUCUUUUGCUUCUUGACACUCACAAUCCUGACCUGGUUUUUAUAACUGAGACGUGGCUGUCCUCAAAAGUUUCUGAUGCGGAAAUUCUCUGCGGUCGUCCUUAUAAUGUCUAUCGAAUUGACCGUGACUCUCGCCGAGGUGGUGGG